AUGAAUUCACCACCAGAUCCCAACAGUGCGACGGUGCCUCGCAGACCAGCAUUAAGGACAGAUUCGGAAGACCUUAAUAGCCCCAAGAGUGGACCAACCAAAGUCGUUUCAAUUGCCGAGCCAGAACCAGAAGACGUACAAAAAUUUGAACUUCCUCCGUCCGACGAAUCUUCAAAGACAAAACAUUUCAGUGCUGGUGUUGCGAAAAGAAUGACAGGUCGACCAAAUAUGCCUUCUGCAACUUCCUCUAAACUUUCUAUCCGGAGUCAAACCAGCUUCGAGGAACCAAUUCGAGAGACUCGUACCUCCGAUUUUUCAAAGCCCACUGAUGAUUCAAAGCACCAUCACCACCGCGACAAACUUCUCUCUCAAGUCGCAGAAUGGCUGCAUGCAGAGAAAGCGAAGAGGGCUACCCGGGAAUCAAAUAAGAGGGGCACCAAGGAGAAUGAGGCUGAGGUUGAGGAUUUGUCAGGUAGAGGAACAAGUUCAAAACCAAGAUCAAUGUCUAGCAGUUCAUCUUCAAGCGCUCUUUCCUUGGAAAAAUUGCAAAAAAUUUUGGAGGAUAACAUGUUAGAUCUUGGUCACAGUCACCUUCCGCACCUUACACCCCCGAGACGAGUUUCAAGAAAACGAUCUCUCGUACGCCCUUCGCUGAAACCUACUCCAUCCUCUGACACCGAAUACCAUGAUGAGGACAUUGUAGUCCCAUCGUGUGACGUGAUUCUUGAUAAUUCAAAAACACUUGCAUAUAGUGGUGGUGCUGGGUCUUCCAUGGAAACAACUACAUUAAGUAAUUCCAAACGAGCCGAGAAGGAGAGGAAAGCAUGGAUUCAAUUUAAGAAUGAAAUUGUGAGAUUGGCGCACACAUUAAGAUUGAAAGGUUGGAGAAGAGUUCCAUUAGACCGAGGAGCUGAAAUCGAAGUGGAAAGAUUGAGUGGUGCUCUCACAAACGCGGUUUAUGUUGUUUCUCCUCCAGCAAAUCUACCACCGUCUGCGAGCAGUACCAAUCUUUCUACUAAGAGCCAAAGAUAUCCAUCAAAGUUAUUGCUUCGAAUUUAUGGUCCUCAAGUUGAGCACCUAAUUGAUAGAGAAGCGGAACUGAGCAUUUUGAGGAGAUUAGCUAGGAAGAAAAUUGGACCUAGAAUGUUGGGUACUUUUCGAAAUGGUCGAUUUGAAGAAUUCUUUAAUGCUCAAACCCUCACGGCUCAAGACCUCAGAAUUCCCGACACGAGUAAGAAAAUUGCGAAACGUAUGAGGGAAUUACAUGAUGGUGUCGCAUUGUUGCAAGAAGAAAGAGACCAAGGACCAUUCGUUUGGAGAAAUUGGGACAAAUGGGUCGAUAGAUGUGAGAAAAUUAUCACCUAUCUCGACCGACAGAUUUUAGACGGGGACUCUAGUAGAAGUAUUAGAGGCGAAAGUUGGAGAGAUAGAGGAUUAGUUUGUGGUGUUGAAUGGCCCGUCUUCAGAGCUGCUGUUGAAAGAUACCGACAAUGGUUAGAGAAAUAUUAUGGUGGAAGUGAGGAAUUAAGCCGUAGUUUAGUUUUUGCUCAUAAUGAUACACAAUAUGGCAACAUCUUACGCUUAGUACCCGAACUACCCGUCGAUGGAUCCGCACCUUCUCCACUUCUACUUCCUAUGAAUCAUCACAAACAACUAGUAGUCAUUGAUUUUGAGUAUGCAAGUGCCAAUACCCGUGGCUUGGAAUUCGCCAAUCAUUUUACCGAAUGGUGUUACAAUUAUCAUGCACCUCCUCCAAUGACUUGGACGUGCGACACCAGAAAUUAUCCAACUAUUGAAGAACAAAAGAGAUUCAUCAGAGCAUAUAUAAAUCAUCGCCCUCACUUUAACUUACAUGCUUACUCUACUCCAAAGUUCGAAGGGCGGGACGCUCCGGCGGGCAGUAUUAAAGAGUUUAUGUUAGAUAGUCGGACGCUUGCUAGUGAAAGGGACAUGCCUAGUAGCAGUACGAAUCUCUACGCGGAAGAAGAAGCAAGAAGAGAGGAAGAAACCGAAAAGCAAGUCGAGGAAAUGUUGAGAGAAGUUAGGAUGUGGAGAUUAGCUAAUAGUGCACAAUGGGUUGCGUGGGGAAUUGUACAAGCUAAGGUACCAGAAUUGGAUGAUGCGCCGCCUUUUGUUGUAACACCGGAUGAAAUUGAUGGGCCUCAAAAUGGCAUUUUGGAAGAUGCGAAGAUGGAUGAUAAGAUGGAGAGAGAAAAUGAGAGAGAGAUCAAAGUGAAAGAACAAGUGGAGGAGGAAGAGGAUGAAUUCGAUUAUCUGGGAUAUGCGCAAAGUAGAGCGCUUUUCUUCUGGGGAGAUGUGGUGGCAUUGGGGAUUUUGGGAAUAGACGAGUUACCUGUGGAGUUGGCUGAUCGGAUCAAAAUUUUGAAUUAUUAA